CCUCACUCACGUCCCGCACCCCCAGCGAGGCCGGGAGAGAGCCGCCAGCAGCUGCCUGCGAAGACUGGCCCGCGGGUGCUGGGGCCCACCACCCCGGAGCGCCCAGAGGCCCCUGCAGGGCCCACCGCGGAGGACCAGGCGGCCACCGUCAUCCAGUGCGCCUUCCGGCGGCUCCGGGCGAGGGCGGAGCUCGCCCGCCGCCGCGCGGAGCGCCAGGAGUACCUGGAGCAGAUGGAGCGGCUGCAGCGGGAGGCCUUCCUGACCCUGGUGCGCCGGGAGCGGGAGGCGGCCCGCCGCCAGCGGGAGGAGGAGGCGAAGGCCGAGCAGCGGCGGCAGGAGGAGCGGCAGCGCCAGGCGCGCCUGCUGGACGCGGCCUUCGACGGCAACCUGGGGGAGAUCACCGCCAUCCUGCGGGAGGUGGAGGAGCUGCUGACCCGCGAGGGCGUGGGCCGCGACGAGGCCGGCCUGGUGAGGCGGCGGCAGCAGCGCGUGGCGCUGCUGGAGUGCGAGGACGCCCGUGGGAACACACCGAUGUCCGAGGCGGCGGCGGGCGGGCAGCCCCUGGCGAUCAGGCUGCUGGCGGAGCAGGGCGCCAGCCCCAACUGCAAGGGCGCCUUCGGCCGGACGCCGCUGUACCGAGCCGCCUUCGGCGGCCACCUGGAGGCUGUGGAGGUGCUUCUGGAGCUCGGAGCAGACCCCCGCGUGUACGCGGACGACGGGAGCACCCCGGAGCAGGUGGCCUCGCUGGACGCCGUGGCCGGCGCGCUGCGGUCCUGGGACCUGAGCCUCACGGAGGCCAUGCUCCGGAACAUGGAGGCCGAGCGGCAGCGCCGGGCCCAGGAGGCCGAGCGGCACAGGGAGGCGGAGGCCCAGCGCAUGAACCUCAAGGUGCAGCAGCUGGCGAAGGAACAGCAGCAGCGCCACAAAGAACUGCAGCAGGCCUACUGCGAGCUGAACCGCAGGAUCGCCGAGCACGACAAGUGUGAGCGGAGGCGUGCGGGCCUGGCCGAGCUCACGCUGCAGGCCAUCAAGGACGCAGAGGCCCAAGUGGACAGGCUGCGGCUGGAGGCCCAGAAAGCCGAGGAGACCCUGGCCCUGGCCAGACUGGAGCUGCGGGAGCAGACCCAGCAGGGGGAGGAGGAGCCCCCGGGGCUGGCGUGCCAGGUCGCCGAGCUGCACGACGUGCUGAUGAAGGAUGUGGGCGGCCGCCUCCGCGCCGACGGCCGGUGGCCUCUCGUCAUCGACCCUUCGGGCCAGGCGGCUACCUUCUUGCGCUAUCAGGACACCAACUAUUUGGACACCUUGAACCCGGACCACCUGCAGCCCGAGCGGGUCCGGCUGGCGCUGCUGGGAGCACUCAGGUACGGGAAGCCGCUGGUGUUUGACCUGCGGGAGGUGGACCUGUUCCCGGUGGUGCAGCAGCAGCUGGAGGCGGUGCAGCCGGGCCUGGCGCAGGAGCUGCUGAGCCGCCGGCUGCUGCAGCAGGACAGGUACCUGUCUCUGCUCCGGCCCGAGGACGGGCCGGAGUACGGCCCCACCCAGUUCCAGGAGGCGCGCCUGGAGCAGUUCUGCCUCUUCUUCGUCACCAAGGCCCGGUGGCCCCCCGCCGAGCAGCUGCAGGUCCUGCUCCCUGUGCGAGUGCAGCUGCCCAGUGGGGGCCGGUAGCGCCCGGCACCAAUAAAGCGAAGCCCUCAGUCGGCC